CUGGAAGGCGGGCGGGCGGGCUGUGGGACCCCGGCCACCCGGGUCGCCUCCGCUCUGGUCCACAGCCAGCUGAGUAACCUGCGGGAUGGGCUAGGGGGCUCGGGUGGGGCGAAGGGGAGGAUAAAGAUGAGGUCGGGAGCACGGUCCCUUUUUGGGGUGGGGCACAUGUGUGGGGCACCGGAGCAUCUGCGUGUGCAUGUGCGUGUGCCGCUGCUUUCUGUGUGCGGGUGUAGCUGUUUAUCCGCUGGAGUCAGCGCUCAGGUCUGCGCCCCUCAGGGUGCAGAGUAUUUCUAGAGAAAUGAGUAGGCUUGCCUGCUCUCACCUGGCUGACAUGGUGGUCUGCGCCCUCUCUCACAGCCUGGGGCCCACGUCUGGGGCCGCCAUGGCGCUGCCUGCAGGCCCAGCUACCCUCCUGCACACACUGCUGCUCCUGAACUCAGGUUGGGGGGAAUUGGCCCCACAAAUUGAUGGUCGGACCUGGGCAGAACGUGCACUUCGGGAGAAUGAACGCCAUGCCUUCACCUGCCAUGUGGCAGGGGGACCUGGCACUCCCCGACUGGCCUGGUACUUGGAUGGACAGCUUCAGGAGGCCAGCACUUCACGACUGCUGAGUGUAGGGGGGGAGGCUUUCUCUGGAGGCACCAGCACCUUCACUGUCACUGCCCAGAGGGCCCAGCAUGAGCUCAACUGCUCCCUGCAGAACCCAGGCAGUGGCCACUCAGCCAAUGCCUCUGUCAUCCUUAAUGUGCAAUUUAAACCGGAGAUUGCCCAGGUUGGAUCCAAGUACCAAGAAGCUCAGGGCCCAGGCCUCCUGGUGGUCCUUUUUGCGCUGGUGCGUGCCAAUCCACCUGCCAAUGUGACCUGGAUUGACCAGGAUGGGCCGGUGACUGUCAACACUUCUGACUUCCUGGUGCUUGAUGCCCAAAACUACCCCUGGCUCACCAAUCACACUGUGCAGCUACAGCUCCGCAGCCUGGCACACAACCUCUCAGUGGUGGCCACCAAUGAUGUGGGUGUCACCAGUGCCUCGCUUCCGGCCCCAGGACUCCUGGCCACCCGGGUGGAAGUGCCAGUGCUGGGCAUCAUUGUGGCUGGAGGGCUUGCCCUGGGCACCCUGGUGGGGUUCAGCACCUUAGUGGCCUGCCUGGUCUGCAGGAAAGAGAAGACCACCAAAGGCCCCUCCCGGCGCCCGUCUCUGAUCUCUAGUGACUCCAACAACCUGAAACUCAACAAUGUGCGCCUGCCCCGGGAGAACAUGUCCCUCCCGUCUAACCUCCAGCUCAACGACCUCACUCCGGAUUCCAGAGGGAAACCAGCAGAUGUGCAGGUGGCUGGAAACAAUAGCCAGCCAGAACUUCUAGAUCCAGAGCCCGGCGGCCUCCUCACCAGCCGAGGUUUCAUCCGCCUCCCCAUGCUGGGUUACAUCUACCGAGUGUCCAGUGUGAGCAGUGAUGAGAUCUGGCUCUGAGCUGAGGGCGCAGAGGGUGCCUUCCUGGCCACUGGGUGACAUCCUCCUCUGAUGCACCCUCUGCCUGGCUGUGUUGCCUAUGUGAAAAGGCCCUGCUGCUUCUACUUGCCCUGCUGGCUGGGGUACUCUGUGUGUUGUCCAUGUGAUGGGUUUCUUUGGACUCUGACCUUCAGGGAUGCCAGUGGUCUUGGCAAACCUAAAGCCCUCUUUCUCGUUCAGGUCAGGGGACUGCAUGUCAGGCCUGUGCCCAGGCAAAGGAACACUUGGGUCGGGUGUGUUUAGAGGUCACUUGGCAUUUGAAUGUGACCAGGCCCCACUGGAGGGGGCUUGCUCUGUGCCCUGUGUCAGCACCCUCUGACCUUGUAUAACAGGCAUGGGGGCAUGCCUGGCUGGGGGUCGGGGAGAGACCUGCAUGUGUUAGUGUUAGAUUUCCUUCCCACACUAUAUAGCUUUUUCUCCUCAGGGAAAAAUAUAGGUCCCGCUAACUGUAUAGACCCAACUGCUCUUUGCACAGAAGCCAAUUCCUGGCCUAGGAACAUUGGCCAAGCACAAACUAGUCCCUUUUGCUGCAUACUUCCCUGUACCUGUCUCCUCUUGGGUGUCAUAAAUCAUACACUGGACCUUCUCUACUUCUUUACUAGGCUGUAGACUUCCCCAGUGGCCAGUGUCAGGGGUUGGUGGUAGCACGCCUCAGAAGGGAGAUGAGAAGACUGGUUUCCAGGAGAGCAUGUAGCUAUGCAUUCAUUUCUCACUUUGUUAGCACUUUAAGCACAUUCCCUGGGGAGGGGGUGAGCAAGAGACCCAGGGCUCUCUCUGGCUGCCCUAAGUAUGGCCUUCCUGUGACUCACUUCCUGUGAGUGCACCCUGACCUUUCAGGGUGAAUGGUUUCCCUACCAAUGUGUCUUCACCAGGGACGCCAGCCCUGAUGACCAGAUUGCCUGAUCAGCAGGAAGCCACUCUUCGUGUCUUUCCCCUCUGUUGUUUAUAGAUGGUCACAGUGGUACCUAAUCUGACAUGUCAGAAGCUUUAAGGGGACAUGGAGAAAGAAGGAGAUUUCAUAUCCUCAAACAACCCCGGAACAUUUUAAAAAGCAACAUGGGAACAUUUUAAAAAGCAACAUGGACAUGAUUGCAAAUUAAUAUAGUACAGAGUCUAUUUUUUCCCUUAUUGGUACCUUAUUUUGUAAGUUUUCUUGUGUUACUGCCCAGGACAGUGCUGAGAACGCAGUAAGUUCAAUAAACUUGACUGAGUGAACAACA